AACUGCAUUUCUGUCGAUUCCGUUUUACUCUGGCUUUUCGCUUAGCCCCGCGCGCUUCUCUUCUUGCCCUCUUCCGACAAACAGACCGACACAUUUUUUGCGUUUUCUUCGUCCGUCACAGACAGACAGUCCAAGUCCAAAAUCGAAGGAAUCGGUCGGCCGUAGGAGUUGACGGUGCGUUCUUUCGCGAGUUCGUUGUUCUUUGUGUCGUCCACCCGCCGCGUCUGCGGCUGCAAAUGUUUUGUGUAUUUUUGUCGUCAUUACUUUCGGUUCGACGACCAUCUGAUUCGGUACGUGUAGGGUGCAAAAAGAUUCGAUUAGUUUGGUGUUUAGUGGUUGAACUGAGUGCGCAUUUUCGGCUGGUACUGGCAAGAAGUGGAUAAUCGUUGCGUGUGAGGUUUUCUGCACUCUGCGGGAAGUGCAAGCCGUGGAGAAGGGAAGGCAGGAACUUUUUUCGGUCACAUCCCACUGAUUCUUGACCACUGAGAAGAAUAGGUAGGCGCUAUUUCUGGAGCCGUCAAUCGAUUGCUGUCGAUCGAGGCGGAAGUGAAUUUCGCUUCGUGGAUUCGGAUUGGUUGCGAGGAAACGGCAGCGCCCGCAGUGACUGUCACGAAUAAUUUCGGGAAAAUCAAUGAAGACGGAAGACUAUGGGAAUGGAAAAUCGUAGGUUCUUCAAUCAGGAAGGCAAGGAGGCGAAGAAUUUCUACCAUCUGUCAGACGAUGGUGGCGAGGAGAGCGGCUGCAGCAGAAGUUACAUGAGAAAACCACCGGCCCACUUGAAGCCGCGCUCGCUGCAAAGCGCCUCGCAGAGCAAAUCGGUUGCUAAAUCGUCCGCUCCACGGGUGCGAUCCGCCUCGACGGGAAGAGACAAGAAGUCGGAACUACAAGCUCGGUACUGGGCAUUUCUUUUCGGAAAUCUUCAAAGAUCUGUGAAUGAAAUAUAUCAAACGGUCGAGUGCUAUGAAAAUUUGCCGUCAUGUCAGGAGGCGAUCCUGGUGCUCGAAAACUACAUUCGGGACUUCCGAGCGCUGGCCGAAUGGUUCAAGGUUUCCUGGGACUACGAAGCGACCCCGUUACCCCAGCGGCCUCAAUCGUUGGCCUGGGAAGUGCGCAAGAGCAAUCCCGUUCCUCGCGUUCGCAAACCAAUCUCCAGUCCAGGAAUGUCCGGAAAAUCCAGUCCCAGCUUUUCCGGUAAAAACAGUCCGAGUCACACCGGGGAAGAUGUGAACAAAUGCUCUCCGAAGAAGCACUUCAGUUCGACGGAGAGCCUCAGCACGAAGAAGUGCUGCGCCGGACUGGGAAAGAUUAUCGCUAAAGAUAUGUUGAAGCAGACUGCUAUGACAAGUGAAAGUGUGGUGCUGGAUGAGGUGCAGAAGCCAGGACUGCAAGCAGCAGGGGAGAGUGAUCAUCAGCAGAUCGCUUGCAGCAAUCUGGAGGCUUACGUACUUAAACUGGAUCAGUACACGCAGACUAAUUUGGACGAUGAAAAUCUCACGUUGGCAGAGUAUUUGGAAAAGUAUUGCAAGAAAGAGGAGAUUGUUGAUGAAAUUGUGAAGCAGGAUGAAGCUGUGGUGGAGAAAUCAGAAGAAAUUAAGCUGGUUGAAGCAGUGACUCAGCAGGAGGAUAAGAAAGUUCAGGAAUCUGUUAAAUCGAUGGAAAAAGCUCCGGAAGUUGCUGUCAAAAAGGUCGCCGCCCCAGUAACAAAGUAUGCAACUGUAGUGAACAGUGUUGCCAAACCUUCAUCGGUACGCCCAGUGGUUCCAGCUAACAAUCAGAGUAAAACUGUUCUACCAGCGAGGACGGUUGUUCUACCAUCGAAAACCGUUAGAACCACUGUGCCGAAUGUUCGCAAAUCGGCUACUCUAUCUAGUCUCACUCAGAGUCAAACCAAAACGGUGUCUCUCCCAGCGAAAAGCGCAACAAUUUCAAACAUUCAUUCCGCCGGUUCUGCAAAACCUGGUAUUCGUCCUGUGACCAACCCAGUACGUAGCAAAACCAUUCCAUCUAAUGUUUCCACUCGGCUCUCGGCGCGAUCCAAAACGAUGAUCGAAAUUAAUAACCGAAGGAACGACAGUAAGGUGGCUCCUUUCGCUUCAAAGCUGAGCUUUUCACGGAAAACCUCUAGGGAGGAUGUGGACAGUUCCAGUUCAACAUUGAAAGCCAGCACCGAUCGUCUGGGUUCUCGAAAUUCGGUAGUAGAAGCUUCAAAGAGUCGUGUCCAGAACGGACCAGUUACAAGUAGACGUUCCGAACCCAAGAGCCUCCCAUCGGAUGCUGCCUCCAGCAAUGACGGUUGGUACACGGUGAAAACGAAACGACGAUCUAGUCUUCAUUGGGCUACUAGGUUCAAUCAACCUAGCGGAUACGCAAGUCUACCAACGCUUGCUUUGUUGGAUGAGAAUGUCAAUGCCGAGGAACACGAGCACAAGGACUCUACGGACAACGUUAGUAAACUAUCAAAAGUGGAGUCAAAGGUGGCUAAACCGACUACUGUAUCAAAAGCAACGGCAAAGGUGACUUCAACUGCUAGCGCAAAGCCUACGAUUGCACCGGCUAAGCCGGUAUCAACGGUGUUGCCAAAGCGUCCAACAACAGCCCCGGCAGCACCCAAGAGAGUCGCUCCGAAUAACCCCCCUGCCCAAAACGCUCAGCCACCCAAACAACCAUCGAAUGGUCCGACAGUAAGUCGACAAAAAUCCGACCUUACCGGCUUGAAGCUGAAAACGUUACACAAAGAGUUCCUCCGGAACGAAAAAAUGAAAUCGUCCAAAUCUCCUCCGUCUUCGUCGUCUUUCAACGGAGACGAACCGAUCCCAACCAAACCAGAAGUGGAUGAACCGCCACCUUCACAGCAAGAGGACAUCACGUCACACCUGAACAAGGUCGACAUGAAUAUCCAAACCAACCUGGUAUCGCCGACGAUUCAGAAUCUAUACGAAAAGUGCCUCGGAACGGGAUCGGGAAUGGGAAUGGGAAUGAGCGAAGACGGUGGAGGAGAUGGUUCGACGACGGCAGGGAUGGCUAAGCAGCGGUUAACACGAUCGGAAAUAAAUUUGUCCAGUUGUGACGAGUUGGAGGAGAGGGAAGAUAUGGAAAGCGAUGAAGAUCAGCGGAAAUUGUUGGAGGAGCAGGAAAGUCUGGAGGCGCAGAUUCGGGAGCUGGAGAACACAGAAAUCGAUAUCGACACUGAAACGGACGAAACUGACUGUGAAGCUAUCAUUGAUUUAGAAGAUAACGAAAGCAACGCCGAAAGUUUGGAAACAAUUAACGUGAACGGAAUCGGUGGUGACGAGGAAAUGACCCUUGAAAUGCGCUACGAAGCAGUUUUAGCAGAAAUGACGUGGCUGGAACGUGCUCAAACGCUUGCCACUCUACAAGCCCUGGUGGCACGUCAUCCAGGCCGGGCUCAGCAAUUGCAUGCCAAGUUGUCGAGCCCCUCCCGACGAAGAUCGUUGCACGAGACGCUCAAAAAGUAUCAGGCCAAGCAAACACGGGCCCUGGAGAAACGUCAAGCGCUGCAGAAGGAGAAGGCGCAUAAAAUUCAACAACUGCUGACAAGAGUCGAAGACGUUAAAACUGCCAAACAGCAGCUCAUCGAAAAGAAGCGCAUGCGAAUGGAAGAACGACUGCAGCGGGCUGCAGAAAAUCGGUCUCAGUAUUUGAAGGAUAAAAUUAAGAAAGCUCACGACGAAGAGGAAAAACUCAAGGAAAUUGCUUUUAUCAAAAACAUAGAAGCUCAGAAUAAACGGCUGGAUUUCAUUGAGUCGUGCAAGGAACAGGAAGGUCGACUCCAAGAUCUAGAAACGGAAAGACAAAAGCGAGCAGAAGAGAAAGCUGCUAAAGAGGCUGCCGUCGAACGACGAAGGCAGGAAAUCGAACAGGAAAGGCAGAAGAAACUGCAAAUUAUGAGUGAAAAUCGUCGUGAAAGAGAAAAACGCGUUGGGAAGAUGCAGGAGCAAAAAGAGAGGCAACGUCAGGCUCUGGCUAGGGAAAAGGCUCGAGAUAGAGAGGAGAGGCUUCUUGCUCUGCAGGCACAGCAACAAGCCACUACGGAGGAGCUCCAAAGAAAAAUCAUUCAAAAACAGCAAGAAUCCGCCCGUCGUCACGAGGAACACAUCGAAGACAUCCGUCAGAGGGCAGUGGAGUUGACCAUACCGACCAGAAACUGUGACGAAACCAAUUCCAACAAACAGGAUACCGAUGACAAUCUCAGUGUUAGUGAUAAAGGAAAGGACGGUGGAAACGGUAAGGUCAACAAGAAGAAACUCAAGAAACUACGAUUAAGGAUGGCUCAAGCGGCUGAAGAGUACACUGCAGAACUGCAGCCACUUGCGCCGCAAAUUCGCAAACAAAGUCAAGUGCCUAAACUGUUGAACACAAUUGUGAAAGGUGGUGGACCGUUGGGAGUUGAACGACCGCUUGGCCAACUGUUGCGGCUAAUGGCAAAGGCAGAAGUCGUGGACUUCCAAUCGAUGUGGCUAUUGGAUGGUCUGAAAACAAUCUCCGACGUAAUCCAGCAGGGGAUGGAACCUAACUCGGAGAUUUCGAAACGGGCGGUAGUAAUAUCGGUCCAGCUGUACCGCAACGCAUGCUCUCUAUGUCCGCAAAUAUCGCGCCAUGCGAUACUCGGUAAUACCAUCACAGUAUUAUUAGAUGCUCUACUGAUCAGCUUGAAGACACCGGAGGAGAAGUGUCCUUUGUACCCAGUUGAGCUAUCCACCGAGCUAAUACUGGCCUGCACUGUGGCGCUGUCGCCGACAAACUCACUCAAGCAGACACACCCAAAGGUUGUGGAACGCCUUCCGGAUCUCAUAAGUUACACAGUAUCACUAGGUUUGCUAGAUACAAUAGUUAGGAAAUUCAUCAAAAUCCGAGAAUCGGUCGAGGCUCAACAAAGUUUGGUGCUAUCUCUGCUGGCUUCGCUGGGGCUAUUGACGAAGCUGGCAGAGCUAUGUCCAAAAGGUCCAGACAUUACGAAGUUCCUGGCGACGGUAAAAUCGACGGAACUGUUCGGAUCGGUCUCCCUGCUGUAUGCAGCUAUCGUUCCCAUUGGUGAAUGCAUUCCACCAAGAACGAUUUCGCUGGCGGCAGCUACCUUUAAUCUUCUGGUAACGUUGGCCAAUCUGGACAUUGUGACGUUUCAGGACGUACUAUCGGAGGAGAAUCUCUCGUUUAAGUUCCUGGACGUGGUCAGCAUUCUGUUGCAGUACUGCGUGCCGAAAUCGGAGGAGAAGGGUGAAACCCAGGCUGUGAUAAUCGACUUAAUAGCUACGUUAGGUUUCUUCUGUGCCAAUAAUAAAAUUAAUCAGAAUCUACUCACAUCGGACCAUUCAUCGGUGAUAAUCAAGAGCCUGACCAAGCUUCCCAAGCAGUUUGACAUGGUCAUCUAUCCGACGCUGGUUACCGUCAUCUACGAGAAUCCCGAAGCCAAAGCCGUGCUGAGCAAAGAUUUCGACAUCGCGUCCCUGGAGGAGUACAGCAAAUCGGAUCUGGCGAAAAAGAACCGGAUUGUCUCACUGCUGACCAAGGCGGAGUAAUUUCCUUCGGAGUUCGUUCAUCAUCCAUCUCGUGCGAUCACGUGUCGCAGCAGAAGUUGUUCCUUCGUUUUAGCAAGUGCACGCGUUGUGUUUCAGGUCAUAGUCACACCUAUAAAGGUCAUCGUUUGCACUAGUCACUUCCCCCACCCAGUUGUAGACCCCAGAAGAGGAACGACCGCACACUCAUCAGAAGCAAUAAAUAAUGAGAACGAAGCCGGAAUCAAUAAAAAUGCGACAUAAAAGCGCAGUGAUUAAAGUCAGCAAUAAUGUCGUAUUUAGCUGCAUUAACCGAGUGCAACCGCGACGCGCGCUGUCGACGGACCGCCGAGAUUGGUAUCGAUCUUGACGUUUGCACAAAAUUUACUGCCGCCUAAUGAGUUGAGCAUACUGCAUCGCUGUUGGACGCGUCUCGGCUCAAGUUGAUACUUAAUUGUCCGGAUGAUUUUUUUCUGUUUUGUUUUGAUGCUCAGCUAAUAUUAGUAGCUUCGCGUCAUAUUGUUUCAACCGUAGCCGUUUUGUACAGCUUUCUGUUUGUCUGAAGGUAUGAGCUGUGAAAUGUGCACUCACCGAUGCAUAAUUCAUUACACGUAUUUAAGUUAGCCAUUUACGGAGUACAUUGCACCGAAGAUUACUGAAGAGUCGAGAAAGUCGAUUCAUCAUUUGUGGUUUUCGAGAUUUUCAUUGCAAUUCUCUAGCAAAGAUUUGUUGUUGUGAGUGGAAAUAUCAUUCGAGGUUAUGCGU